CAUACCUGAGUAAGCGACCUCUCGACUUUAUGGUUGACCCCUCACUUCAGUCGUAAUGAGCUGUGUCUGUGUUAGGAAUGGUGGGAGUGGUUCUUACUCAGGUGCUUGAUUCCGUCGUUUGAUUGUUGUUUUAUGCUGAACCUUAUAUUUCUAACAGGCAUGUGAUAAUUCCCUUCUACUUACAACAUCAAGCUACAUAGUACGAAUCGAGCGGUAUAGCAGAAGCAUCCCGACAUACAUAACUAGAUCAAAUCUCUCCCCGAGAAAAGAGUUAUCAAUUCAACUUCUAACCAGAGAUACUUCACUUUGAGCAGUCAAAGAUGGCGCAAUUACAGCCAGCAUCCACUAAGGUUGAAAUAUCGAUGCUCUCUCAUUAUGGGAUCAGGAAUCUCUGGGAUCAAUUGUGCAUAUCGCUUGCAGGCCCAACUUCCUCAUGUCAAUUUCACGUUUCUAGAAGGCCGCGAUCAAAUUGGAAGCACCUGGGAUCUAUAUCGUUACCCAGGCAUACGCAACGACUCAUAUAUAUAUUCCAUGGCCUGCUGCUGAUGACCAGGCGAGUAAAUGCUUAACUGUGUAGGUAACUUUGGGUGGCCUGGCAAGUUGCAUAUGUAAUUCUGCAAUUACUUUUUAUUGGGUUCUCUUCACCGAAUUGAUCGUCAACAACGCCGCAUUUCUAGGCACCAUCCUUCAAGCAAAGCUAGUUGUGCAACUGACAAGGCCAUGUCUAUUUAAAGACACUUACAUAUCAUUAUGCCGGACAAGUUUCAAAUCUUCAUAACC